UUUCUAAACUGCUGUUCCAUAAAAGCGUACAACGCAUCAAAUCUGUUCACCAUUAUCCCAACAAAUGCAGGUGAAAUUGCUAUUCGCGUGUUUCGAGCCUGCAGUGAAAUGGGGAUUCGGACGGUUGCAGUUUACAGUAAACAAGACACAAUGCAAAUGCACCGUCAGAGAGCGGAUGAAUCCUACUUGAUUGGAGCAGAUCUGGCUCCAGUGGCGGCUUAUUUAAACAUUCCAGAAAUAUUGCAAGUUGCCAAAGAACAUAAUGUGGACGCAAUUCAUCCGGGCUAUGGGUUCUUGAGCGAACGAUCCGAUUUCGCCCAAGCUUGUGAGCAGGCUGGGAUCUUGUUUAUUGGUCCAUCUUCGGAAGUGGUACAACGAAUGGGUGACAAAGUAGAAGCUAGAAAAGCCGCUCUGAGUGCUAACGUUUCUGUGAGUUUUCUGAUUUCAUUUACUUUUGCAUGCUUUUUAGAUGCACACCUGUAUUGCCAUUCCUUUUAA